CAUUUGAAGCUGAAAUUGAAAGAUGGGCUUCUGGGAAACGUGGUGGGAGACAGACACGGAAAUUUAAUGUAUAUGAAGACUUGCAGCAAGGAAGGGGACAAGAGGGUCCAUCAAGUAAUACAAAAGAUGAUGAUAAUGAUGACGAACAUUUGUAUGAGAGUUUACCGGAAAAUGACGAUGACGACGGUGAUGAUGGUGCGGAUUAUAAGUUUGGCAUUAUAACUGUGUCUGUUCAGCAAGGUGACAUUACAGCAGAGGAUGCAGACUGCAUCGUGAAUAGCUCAAACGAGGCACUUGAUUUAAGUCGAGGUAAAGUUUCACAGGCAUUGAUGAAAAAAGGUGGCAAAAGAUUAGCAAAAGAAGUUGAUUCAUUAAGAAAGAAAAUGAGAACAGACGAGAUUGUUGUAACAUCAGCUCCUGGAAUGAAAUGUCAGCGUAUUAUACAUGUUGUUGCCAAGGAGACAACACGCGAAUGGAAAGAAAUGAUAGAGAAAUGUUUAUUUGCGGCUGAAAGCAACAAAAUGAAAAGUAUUGCAUUUCCAGCCCUAGGAACAGGAAUUCAGAUGAAUGCCUCAGAUAUAGCAGAAACAAUGGCUAAAGCAAUUAUAAAGUUUGAAAAAUCACAACCAACUUCAGUUCAGGAAGUGAGAUUGGUAAUAUUUCAACAAAAAAUGGUGGAUGACUUCCAUAAAGCCAUCAGGAAAACCAUCGAAUCUAAGGAAGGCUGGGGUGUUGGCAAAUUAGUGAAAAGUGUUAAAGGAUGGUGGAGCGGAAAAGAAGCAGAUGAUGAUCAGUCUAGCAGACCGAAAGGGAAGAAAAAGCCCAAGACACAAACGGACCCUAAUACAGUCACAUUUAUUAUUCUUGCUUUGUCGGAAGAUAUAAUCAACCAAGCUAUUAAGAAAUUGGAAAGUUGCCUUGAAAAAGAAGUCCACUUUAAACGCUUUGAUGAUAGCAUAAUAAUGAAAAUGGAUAAUAAUCAGGUGAUGGAAAUUAAAGCAAUUGCAAGGCAGUUUCACCUCGAGAUGCAACUGGAAUCAGCUAAGGGACAUAUACAAAUAUCUGGUAUUGCCUCGAAUGUCAUGUCUGCGUCUGAUAAGAUUCAUAGGAUAAUGCGAGAUGCUGUUGCUCUCGAACAAGCGAAAAAUUCGGCGGCACUUAUGAGUAAUCUUGUCCAGUGGAGCUACAUAGAGAUAGGAGAAACUGGCCAGACACUGCAACCAUAUGACAAGGAUUUAAAUUACAAAAUAGAAACGGCAUACAUCUCGAAAGCACCAAAUGUGAAAUUCAGCGCUGAUAAAAUCAAAUAUGUGCUGGAUUUCGACAAAAUGGAAGAGUAUCCUGCGGAUAAUGAAAGUGAUGUCGUUACAGUUUUACGUAGGGAUCUAGUGAAGCAGGGUGCCUUUGAACAACCAGCACUUUGGGCAGAUAUGACUGGAAAUCUUAGAGUUGUGGUAGUACCGACUUCAAGUCAAGAAUAUCAAGAUGUAUCACAACAGUUUGUGGCUUCAGCUGGUGCAGGUUUUACUGUUGUUAAGGUAGAGCGUGUGCAAAAUAAGACGCUUUGGGCUCAGUACCAGGCAAAGAAGAAACAGCUUGAUGAUCAGAACCCACCCAAUACUACAAAUGAAAGAUUAUUAUGGCAUGGCACAGCAAUGGAAACAGUAGACAAUAUCAACGCACAUGGAUUUAACAGAAGUUACUGUGGCAAAAAUGCCACGAUGUAUGGUGACGGCGUAUAUUUUGCAGUAAGUGCACAGUAUUCAUGUAGAAAUACAUACUCCCGACCUGAUCCUAGUGGUGUGAAGAGAAUGUACUAUUGUCGUGUGUUGACAGGGGAGUUUACACAAGGCAAACAAGGAAUGCGUGUACCGCCGAACAAAGGUGGCACUGGGAGUACAGCCUUAUAUGACUCGGUUGUUGAUAGACCAGGUUCUCCAGGAAUGUACAUCAUAUUUCACGACACACAAGCCUAUCCAGAAUAUCUUGUAUCAUUUAAGCCACAGUAAAGAAGUAUGAGAAAGAAAAACAUUCAAAUGAGUGAUGACAAUAUGUGUAUUGUUCGGUCAUCCUUUCACCCUGCAAUUGUUUUUUGGUAGCAUAUAUUGUUCGUAAACUGUUAAAUGGUUAGAAUCCAUUUAAUAUUGCUUUAUUACAUCAAGACGUAAUGAAUAUAUGUCUUUACCUGUGGAGUUUCCACUUUUUCUAUUUGUAUUUCAAUAUAAAAUUAUACAAUAUCCUAAAUGUGUUUGAAUCAGUUUUGCAAUAAGUCAAAGCAAAUAUAAUUUUACAAAAAUAAAAACAAAGUAAGCUAAACUAAUUUAGAUGAAAUAUAUUUUUGAAGACCAAAUGAAUUACAGUGAAACAAAUAAUAUGUAUAGCAGUCAUCUUUUGGGGGAAAUUCGACCUUAUCCAAACAGUAAGAAUUGCGAAGAAUUGUUCAGAAGUUUUUCACACCUGUUAGUAUGAAAAAUUUAAAUUGGACUUUUUCAGAAACUGUUUUGCUUUGGAGGAGUCGAUAUCGACUGUUUAGAAUAUUUGUUUUAAAAGUGUUCAAGUAUUUGUUGCAUUUGAUGCUACUAAAGAACUUCCUUUAAAGAUUUUAUCAAAAACAACAAAUGGUGGGCUGGUACAAAUGUGUUUGCUGCUAUCUUGAUGCUUGAUUUUUGUUUCAAUUAAUAAUUGUUGGAUUAAACUCCCUGAUAAAAACAUAUAAGAUUUACACUUGACUUGUUCAAAUACAUGAUUACCCAUUUGUAAACAUUAGAUUCAGUUUUGUCUUUUUUCAAAAGACGUUUUGAAAAUUCACUAUGUAAAUCAAUAACACACUAAUGUCAUUUAAGGAUACUGUCUUUGAAAACUUUAUUGCUGAUCUUAUUUUUAUAAAGACUAAAUAUCUAUUUAGUGAAUUAUUACCAACAUUGCUUCGAAUGUCUUAAUACAAUUUCUGUGAAUUUGAACUGAGUAUAUCGAUUUAUAAUCUUUUUAUCUGUGAGUGUGGAGUUUUACAUGUAUUUCAUGUUAGGGGCACAAUAUUCUAUGUUGGCCCUUUCAGCCAUAUAGAGGUUUCAUUUAUGUUUUGAUUUGAUGCAAACUUGCACUGAAUGUUUAUCUUGAUGAUCUCUAGGCCAAGAUAGAAACUGGAUCAUGUGGGGUCAAAAACUAGGUCACCAGGUCAAAUCAAAGGAAUAGCUUGUUAACACCCUAGAGGCCACAUUUAUGACCCUUGGUAAGAAUAUUUAUCUUGAUGAUUCUGAUGUCAGGUUCGAAACUGGGUCAUAUGGGGUCAAAAACAGUGUCACUUGCACUAGGUCAGAUCAAAGGAAAAGCUUGUUAACACUCUUGAGGCCACAUUUGUGACUCUAUCUUCAUGAAACUUGGUAAGAAUGUUUAUCUUGGUGAUUCCUAGGUCAAGUUUAACAGCUGAGCGAUAUAGGGUCAUCAUUGCCAGUUUCCUUUUACAAUUUAGUGGAGAGGUUGGGAUUUUAUUUAGCGUCUACCUGAUUUACAUGAAACAUAGUCAAAACUUUUGUCAUUGUGAAAUCUAAGUCAAAUUUGAUACUAGGUUAUCUGGGGUAAGAAUUAGGUCAGCUGAGAGAAAUGUUUUGAGAUAUUAAGAAUACAGUUAAAAUGAUAUGUGUUGUUUCUUCCUAGUUUUCAAAAUUACAUGUAUGUAGUCAUUUCGAUUGCAUUUUAUUUGUGUCCGUUGCUUUAUAACAUUAUUCUUACACAGUAUGGACUGUCUAUGAAAUUCUCAAUGCGGUGAUUGCUCAUAAAUUAAUGUUUAGAGACAUUUGCCAAAGUCUAAUGGGAAAUCUACCUGAUGGUGUGAUUUCUUACACAAAAAGAAAGGCAAGUUCGAAUGUUUAUUUCCAUAAAAGUAAAUAUUUCUGUAUCAGAGAAUGGAUUCAAGGCCAGACAUUUAACCUUUAUGUUUGACAAAUCAUCGAAAAACCUAUUUGCAAAAAGGUUCUUAAGAACUCUCUGAUGUAGUCCUAGACUGAAUGGUCUGGAACAAGUUGAAAUUGCAUGUUCUGAAUCUGUGCCUCUGGAACAAAAUGGAAAUCAUACACAUAAAAUACAACAUGAAAUCUCAGCCUCUCUAAUGACUAUAUUGUUAUAUAAUAAUUAUCCUUUUUUCUGUCUAUAUACUAUUAAACGACUUGCUGGUAGAAGGGAAAUACAGGUUUAUAUUAGUAUAGAAAAUAUUAAAGGAAUUUAUUUUCGUGUUUUAUUUGUAGGCAUGUUUAGGACAUAUACGUUAACGUUUUUCUUAUUUGUAUGACGUUCGAUCAAUUACGUUAUGACAUAUUGGAUGACGUUCGUUGUUGUUCUCAUGAUUUUGCUAACCAGGCCUAGGCCAUGUUAGUAUAUUUCAUGAGUAUUUCCUAUGAGUAAAAUAUGCUUAUUUUUCUGGCUACCAGUACACUUCGCUCUUGCUUGUCACUUUUUACCAUCUGGCGAUUUUGUUGCUUAUUCUCUCAAUAUCCUUUUUACAAUACUUUUUUCAGAGGGUAAUUUGUGAAAUAGUAUAAAAAUAGCAUGAAAACACCCUGUAUUUCCCUUAAAAGGAUUACUAUUGUCUUUAACAACUCGCAAUAACAACAAGGCUGUUCCAGUUUUCAUUGUUUCCUUUCGAACUAGUUGGCUAUGUUCAAAUGGUUUCUUUAAUAAUUUAUAACUGUUACUUUAAAAAUCAACAUCUGGUUCAUUAUUGUCAAAGUCUUCUUUUCAUUUCAUAUUAUAAUUUAGUAUCUGCAUUAUUUAUUUCAGAGGCUUUUUAUGUGCAUGCUGGCAAAAAGAUAGGAAAAAAUAAUCUUCUGGCCAUUAACGUAUUUUUUGAAUGACAAAUUUUGAAAAAACUUAGUAUAAAGCACGUUUAAAAUUAUACUUCUCGUAGACGUUGAUAAGAUCAAGGUUGCUGUCUCUAAUACAUUGAAAUAAAAUAUUGUCAGUACUUGGGAGACAUAAACAAGAUAUCUGAAUGUAACUCUUAAGGGUCAAGUAAUGAUGGUGUUGCAUUUAGAUCCGAUGGGAUCAAGGUCAAUGGUACUGUGACUUGAAAUACAAAAACUGUUCAUAGCAAAUAGGUUAAGUUCAAAUUUGCAUUGCAGGCAUAUACCACGGACACCAUGUUUGAGAUUUGAUUGAACUGUUAGGGUCAAGGUCAUACUCGGUAUUAUUAAAACGAAUUUAAUUGAAUAGAUAUCUGUUCAAAAGCAAGUUAAGAAUCGGAAAUAUUACAGUGGACCAUGACACAUGGGUAGGUUGGUAUCUGAGGUCAAAGUUUCCUGUUUCUAAAACAGAAUCACUUGUUUUCGAUCAAUAAGUUAUAUUUAAAAUAACAUUUAUGACCAAUUGGUAUAAAGCAAAUGUAUAUGAAGACCUAGCAUGGUAUAAUAUUUGAAGUUGCAAGGGUCAAUAUUUAUUCCAAGAGAUCGAACAUUUUAUUUCGAGAUAACCAAAAUAUAAAUCGAAUUUUGGUUGUUUUGAUUUUGGACAGAACUUGAAAAUGUCUUCGAGAUGGCAAGCUAGUUUCAACUAUAGUUUCUACAUAUUUUUUCUAUGUAUCAGUUUGAAGUUAAAUUUAUAUUAUUAGUGGAAGAACUGUCACUUGGCAGAUGUUAAAGCAUUGUGGCAUUUCUUAUUUACAGUUUAUAAUAGAUUAUUGAUACGAUGUGAUUUGAUGGAUGCUUUGUAGUUCUGAAGGAACCAAUGACAUUUGGCGGUUCCACUUGUUACCUUGCUCGUUGUUAAGACAUACUGUAAUGAUUAAUGGUAAUUAAUGAUAAUUUAGCUAAACGUUUUUAACUACAAAUUCUUUAAUAUCUUUUUUGAAUUGACAUGCAUGUAUCAUUGUAUUCCUGAAAUACUGAUUAACUGUAAAAUAAAACUUUUGCUCUUAAA